CCGCCGCUCGGCGCCCAAAAAUUUCUCGCCGACGUGGAAUGCAACAUCGACAAAUCACAAAUCGGCCGUCCAAAAAGUCAGUCAACCGUCAAAAGGAAGGUAUUUUACUUACUCGGAGUAUUUUCUAUCCAAUGGUAGAAAAAUUCACAACGACCAGACAACGGAACUCAACUAGUCAUCAGAUUUCCCACAGCCACAGGAAUGCAUUAUCUCCCGGCAGCAACUAUGGCUAUGGACAACUACUUCUCUUACUCUGCUUUUCUUCUCCCCCUCCUCCUCUUCAUCCUCGCGCACUUCCUCCGCCCCAGAAGCAAGAAACUACCGCCCGGUCCCUUCCCUCUCCCCGUAAUCGGCCACCUCCACCUCGUAAAAACCGCACCCCACGAGGCCCUCAGCCGCCUCUCGUCCAAGCACGGCCCGAUCCUCUUCCUCUGGUUCGGCUCCCGCCCCACCCUCGUCCUCUCCUCCCCUUCUGCCGUCGAGGAAUGCUUCGCCAGGAACGACGUCGCCUUCGCCAACCGCCCGCCCGGCGUGGCGGCCGACAACCUGACCUACAACUACACCUCCUUGGUGUGGGCCCCGUACGGCCACCUCUGGAGGACCCUCCGCCGCCUCAUCGUUGUCGAGCUCUUCUCCGCCAAAAGCCUCCAGAAAUCGUCCGUCAUCCGCGAAGAGGAAACGAGGAACUUCCUCUCCCAUCUGGGUAGAGCCUCGAGGGCGAGCAGGGAUGGCGAUCCGAAGAGAGUGGAGUUGAAGUACUGGUUCUUUGUCUUGACGGUUAAUACCAUCAUGAGGGUGGUUAACGGGGAGAGAUACGUCGGGGACGAGGAUGCAGGGGGCGAAGCAGGGAGGAAGCUGGUUGAAGGAUUCGAGGAGACGUUUAUGAGGGGGAAGCCGUUGAAUUUGUGCGAUUACUUUCCGGUUCUGAGGUGGGUUGAUUACCAAGGGGUGGAGAAGAGCAUGAGGGCUGUGCAGGGGAAAAGAGAUGGGUUUUUGCAGGGUUUGGUGGAUGAGUUUCGACGAAAGAGAGAAGCGAAUUGUGUCGAUGAUUAUAAGUCGUCGACGCUGAUUGGAACUUUGUUGAGGCUACAGGAGUCUGAGCCUGAAUUCUACACGGAGGAUGUCAUCAAGAGUGUAAUCCUGGUACUGUUUUUGGGAGGAAUAGGAUCAUCCACCAGCACCAUGGAGCGGGCAAUUUCGCUGCUUCUAAAUCACCCAGAAGCACUCCGCAGGGUCAGAACAGAGAUUGAUACCCAAGUUGGACAUAGUCGCUUAGUAGAUGACACUGACUUUGCCGUACUUCCAUUUCUCCAUUGUGUCAUCUGUGAGACCCUUAGGUUACAUCCUCCGUUGCCACUUUUACUACCCCAUUAUUCAUCCGAAGAUUGCACCGUCGGGGGAUUUGAUGUACCCCGAGGUACAACGCUAUUGGUAAAUGCUUGGGCCGUGCAUAGGGACCCGAAUGUUUGGGAGCAGCCCAACAAUUUCAAACCCGAAAGGUUUGAAGCGAUUGAAAAGGAAAGAGAAGGGUUCAAAUUUGUUCCGUUUGGGGUGGGGAGGAGAGCGUGUCCAGGAAACAACAUGGCCAUGCGGGCGAUUUCCUUGGCGAUUGGCGCACUUAUUCAGUGUUUUGAAUUGGAAAAGGUUGGCGGCAAGAAGAGGAACGCGAGCCAACUUGUUGAGGAACUUAUUUCGCUCAAGUUCGAGGAUUCAGAGGCUGUCUGCUUUCCACGACAAGAGGCGCUUGGACUCCUCUCUCAAUUUGAAUAUUGAACUGUGUAAGCCGAUGUGACAGUUGUCUUUUGUUUACGUAAUUUUAUUGGAGUAAUAAAAUGUAAACUGGCCCGAACACCUGGUUAGUCGAGGUGUGUGUAAACUGAUCUAAAUACCUGUUAUCAACAAAUAAAAAAUAAAAUGUAAAGUUGACAGUUA